AUGGCGCCGAACGUGGCGACGUCGUCGACGACUUCAGAAGCGGAGACUUCCGAAAUGAAAUUCGACGUGAUCGGCAGGGUUGGCCUGGCCCGACAUGGGAGACUAAGAUUGCCCCAUUCUGUCGUUGAAACGCCCGUUUUUAUGCCCGUCGGGACUCAGGGAACUAUGAAGGUUGGCUUUUGCGUAUCUGUUGCGAAUUUUUAGCGUUUUUGAUGGAGAAUAAAAAGUAAAUAUGUCACUAAGCGAAAUAAAUAUAUUGAUGAUUGAUUGAGAAGCCCAAAAUGGAUCGAAAUAAAAGUUUUGGAUUUUCGAAAAUCUUUUUACACUUUAACCGUUGCCUUGGAAAAGAUUUCAAAAAGAGUUUUUCGAAAAAAUGAAAAUUUGUAGAAAAAAACGUUUUUUUCCUAGCCACCAGCUCAAUUUUGAGCCUUUUUCCAAUUUUGAUUCAUUUUUGCGUAAUUUCGAGGCAUUUCUCGUGGAUUUUUGUUUCGGGAACAUCAAAUUUGGCUCUCAUGUAACUUAUUGAAGAUGAAAUUUCACAAAAAAGAUUUUUAGUGACGUUUUUUUUUGAAAAUCGAAAAAUUUUCGUGUCAUUUCGAGACAAUUUUUGUUGAAUUGUGAAUUUCUGACUGUUGGUUUCAUGAAAUUUGAUUUUCACGCAGUAAAAUUGAUGGAAAAAUAAUAUUUUGUAUUUUUUUCAAAAAAAUUUAAAUCUCCGCGCUUAUUUAAAUAAACUACAAUUUUCGAAAAAAACCGAUGUUUCAGAGACACUUACUUUAUUGGGAUAAAGAGUUUUUAGUUUUUUUCCUCGGAACCGGAACUUUCAGAGACCCACUGUUAUCGAAUUAAUAAAAAAAUAUCAAGAAAUGAUUGUUAUCAACUAAGAAAAACAUGCAGGGAGUUCUUCCGGAACAGCUGAUCGACAUGGAUUGCCGGAUCCUCCUCUGCAAUACCUACCAUUUGGGCCAUCGACCCGGUCAUGAACGAGUCCGGGCCGCCGGAGGCCUUCACAAGAUGAUGAACUGGCCGAGGUCCAUCCUCACCGAUUCUGGAGGGUUCCAGGUGGGAAUCAAGGGAAAAAAUGAUGAUUAUCUAUUUCUUUCGCCUUUUUCUUGGGUAAGGCUGCGGUUCACAGAAAACGGCGAAGAAAAUGCAAAACUAAAAAUUAAGGGGCGUGGUCAAAAUGUCCGCCGUUCCCAAGUGACGUCAUGGAAAAAACGCGUAAACAACAGGAAAUGUUAAAGGCGCAUCAAUGCGUCAUGAGACGAAUCUAUUUCUCAUUUUUUUUAAAAACGCGAUUUUUCUGAUGCCGUGUUGAAAGUGUUCCGCGAAAUCCAAAAUAGCCACCAGAGAGUGAAAAAUAUAAAAAAAAUGAAAAUUACGUUCAAGAACGUGUGCCAGAGCGCCGCAGUGUAUGCACACGACACACUACACUUUACGAAAAAAUGUAGGCGGGCCGUCGGCAAAAAAUCGCCGUAAGGAAUUUAGAACAUGAAAAUAAAGCGCUCAAUAAAAAUUGAUUAAACUUCAAGUAAUAUUCGGAUUCUAAAGCGUUACGGUGUUUAUUGGGUUUCCUUCAAGCUUUUUUGAAAAAUUGAUUCGAAGCGCUUUAUUGUAGAAAUUAUGGUUUUUCAAGUUUGAAAAAAGGAAUCUUGCGGGUAAAAAUAUAUAAAUUAUAACGUUAAGGCUCUGAGAUUUGUAAAAUCUCCAACUGUUUUCAAAAAAAGUCAUUUUUUCAAAAUAUUCCUCAACGGGAACUUGUGAACAUAGCCCACUCUACGACAGCUUUUCACGGUUUGAAUGAUCCUCCGAGCUACAGUACCCAUCUCUUCGAUGCGCGUUGCCAACUCUUGUGCAUGCGCCUUUUAUAUGACGGAAGUUUGAGGCCAAAUGAGUCGAACCAAAGCUUCAUAGAAGGGUUCUGUAACUCGGAAUGAAACAAAAACAAGCUGGCGCGGAAUGAGCUUUAAGUAAAACCACAAAAAGCUUGAGAAUUUUUGGUUAAAUUUUCUUCAAACUUUAUAGUCAAUAGCUUUUUAAUGCCGUGUUCAAUUUGAUUCUGCGAAAUGCAAAAUACCCGUUAAAGAAAGGAAAAGAUUACUAAUUUUUGGAGAGUCAGGGAUCAUUUUGCAUUUCGCGGAUUCAAAUUGAACGCGGCAUAAAGGUUGGAAGAACGAAUCGGAGAAAUUGGAGAAAACGUUUGUAAUUAAAGAAAGAACGAUUUUAGAAAAAUUAGCCUAGCCUACUCAUGAGAUAGAUGAUGUAUUUUCUGAAAAAUGUAAUCAAAAAAAAAAAAUUCAAAAAUUUCAGAUGGUAUCCCUGAGCAAACUGAUGACGGUUGACGAGAAUGGCGUCAAUUUUGAAAGCCCUCAUACGGGAGAAAUGAUGGCUUUACCUCCAGAAAAGUCGAUUGAGAUCCAACAGGUAACGUGGGAAUUACCGGUGCCACGGAGAGUACUGUAGGCGAAAUACCGCUGUCUGAGGCGUGCACUUGGUGUGUAUGCACUUUUGUUGCGUGGCUGGGAUGCAACAGUUUAGAGAGCAUGGUAAGCUUGGAGAGACCAGACUCUCCUCGCUUUACACACUGUCUGAGGGAAUUGGCAGACCAACGGGCAGGUCACUAGACAGUGUGUAAAACGAGGAGAGUACGAGUUAGGAGUCUGGUCUCUCCAAUUUUACCGUGCUCUCUGAAGAGAUGCAUGCGAGGCCCGCCCUGUUUGGCAUGCAUCAGUUUAGAGAGCAUGGUAAGCUUGGAGAGACCAGACUCCUAACUCGUACUCUCCUCGCUUUACACACUGUCUGGCCUGUUUUUUAUUUUCUUCACAUGACGUGAACAUCUCAGAAUGCGGACUUUCUCAUACCGUACCCUUCGCAAAGGGAGAAAACUCCCUUUUGUCGCACCCGGGAUAUGUUCUUCAUACACUGAUUUCAAAAAGUAAUCAUUUCAACUUUUUCGUUCCAGGCCCUCGGAGCGGAUAUAAUGAUGCAAUUGGACCAUGUUAUUCACGUUUUAACGACUGGAGACAUUGUAGAAGAAGCCAUGCAUCGGAGCAUCAGGUCUGCUGAAUCUUUGAAAAAAACCACAGUUUUUUGAUCAGAGAGGGGUAGGAGAAACGUAGAAACGUCAUGAAAAAAAAAACCUAUACUUCUCGAAGAUCUUUUCUCUAAAAUUUUUUUCAAGAGUCUUGGAACUUUUUUUUGGAACCAGGUUUUUCUCAAUUUUCAAUUUUUUUUUUCCUAAGGUUUUCCAAGUACGCCUGGUUCUUAGCGCUUCAUUUUGAAUAAAAUGGUAUGAAUAUCUCGAAUUUACGUGACCUAGAAUCAAAGUUAGGAUUUUUAAGGUUUUCAAAAGACUUGAAAAAAAAAGGUUUUUCGGGAACGCCCAGUUUUUAGUUAAACCGAACGCUAAUUCUGAAUCUUUAAAGAUGAAUAGCUCGAAUUUAGAUGACCUACAACCGAAGUUAUGAUUUUUUAAAGUUCUCAAGAAGUUUGAAAAUCAAGGUUUUUCUCAAUUUUUUGAUUUUUUUUUCAAGGUUCUUUGGGAACGCCCAGUUUUUAGUUAGAUCAAGCGCUUUAUUCCGAAUAUUGUAGUAUGAAUAUCUCUAAUUUACGUGACCUACAACCAAAUUUAUGGCUUUUUAAAGUUUUCAAGAGUCUUGGAACUUUUUUUUGGAACCAGGUUUUUCUCAAUUUUUUUUUUUUUUCCUAAGGUUUUCCAAGUACGCCUGGUUCUUAGUUGGAGCGAGCGCUUCAUUUUUUUGAUGAAAUGGUAUAAAUAUCUCGAAUUUAAGUGACCUACAACCAAAGUUAUGAUUCUUCUAAGUUUUGAAAAAGACUUAAAAUUAAGGUUUUUUUCACAAUUUUUCGAUUUUUUUCUUAAGGUUUUUUUCGGGAACGCCUUUUUUAGUUGAAUCAAGCGCUUCAUUCUGUUAUUUUGAUACAAAUCACUCGAAUUUAGGUGACCUCCAACUCAAGUUAUGAUUUUACAAAGCUCUCGAAAGUCUUAAACUUCAGGUUUUUUUUAAGGUUCUCUAAAUACUUGAAAAUUAAGGUUUUUCUCAAUUUCUGAUUUUUUCUUAGGGUUUUCCGAGUACGGAGUGAUUUUCAGAUGGCUAGAUCGGUGUACCAAAGCACAUACGAGAACGGAUCAGACACUUUUUCCAAUUGUUCAGGUUUUUGGAGCACUUCAAAUUGAUUACUUUUCGAAAUUUUAAUUUUAGGGCGGCUUGAAUUUGGACCUGAGGAAAAAAUGUGUGGAGGAGAUGGCGAAAAGAGCAAAGGUAAAGGGGUUACGGUGGUUUUUUGGGGGUUACUGUAGUUUGAAGAGGAAAAAAUGCUUUUUUAUUACCUUGUUACAUAGGAAAAUUGAGUAUAGCCUCUUGAAGUGCUUCUGUAAGGUCACUGUAGUUGCUGAGAAAGUUACUGUAGUUGCUUUAGAAAGUUACUGUAGUUUUUAUCAAGUAUACAGUAUACUCUAUUGAUUACGGUAGCUGCAAAUAAUUCCUUUCUGUGGAAAAAUUUGGGAUAAUGUAAGUCCAAUAUUAACCAAUCUUGUAGAUCGGCUAGUUUAGAGGGUUACUGUAGGUUUACUGGAGGCCACUGUAUGAUUCAAGGUUACGGUAUAACCGCUAGAUACUGCCCCGUCUUACGGAAUCUCAGAAAAAAAAUAGAUCAAAAAUGUCUUUUUCAUAGGUCGGAAUCGCCAUCGGCGGCCUUUCCGGAGGCGAGGAGAAGAGCAGCUUCUGGCGUGUCGUGGCGACCUGCUGUGCCGUACUGCCACCGCAUCUGCCCCGCUACGUGAUGGGCGUCGGGUUCCCCGUCGACCUGGUGAUCUGCUCCUUGCUCGGCGCCGACAUGUUCGACUGCGUCUAUCCCACCAGGACGGCUAGGUGAAUAGCGGUCUUUAGUCUAGUCAGUUACUCGAGAGUGGUCGCUAUAGGGUCUCUUGAAGAUUUCACUCUAGGGACCACUACUCCUUUGCCUAAAGGGGCUACUGAAGCUUGCAAAAAGUGGAUUCUUUGGAGGGAGGCAAAGGGUAAAAUAAUCCAAGAAAAAAAGGUCCUCUCCUGGUAUCAGGGCUAAUCAGUGCGCUAGCUCUACUUAGUAACUCCAGAGUGGCCUCUUAAGGGGCCACCCUAGGGCUCCUUAAAGGUACCUCUCUACAGACCACUUCCCCACCCCCCGUAAAGGGGCCUUGGAAGUUUCCGAAAAGGGGCACCUUUAGAGGGAGUCCGUAAAAAGCAGAAAAAUAAUCAGUGGACUGGCUCUAAGUAUCUUCAGAGUGGUCUCUUUAGGGGCAACCUUAGGCCUUUGAAGUUUUCCCUCUAGUGACCACUUCACCACCGCCUAAAGGGGCUACUGAAGGUUGCAAAAAGUGGCCCCUUUAGAAGGAGGCUUUGUAGCUCCAGAGUGGUCUCUUUAUGGGCAAACUUAAGGGCUCUUGAAAGUUCCUUUCUAGGGAACACUUCCGCCUGAAGGGGUCACUGAAGCUUGCAAAAAUUGGCCCCUUUAGAAGGAGGCUCUGUCCAGAGUGGUCUCUUAAGGGACAACCUUAGGCCUUUGAAGAUUUCCCUCUAGGGACCACUUCACCACCGCCUAAAGGGGUCACUGAAGCUUGCAAAAAGUGGCUUUGAUAAGGUUCGAAAAAGGCAAAAAAAAAAGUCAAUGGAAUAGCUCUACUUAGUAACCCCAGAGUGGUCUCUUAAGGGGCUAUCUUAGGGCCCUUGAAGGUUUUUUUUUUCUAGGGACCACUUCACCAUCGCCGAAAACGACCCAAGAAAAGGUCGUCUUCUGAUAAGAGGGAUAAUCAGUGCGCUGACUCUUCUUCAUAAUUCCAGAGUGGUCUCUUAAGGGUCUUUGAAGGUACCUCACUAGGGAACACUCCGCCUUCUCCCAAAUGGGGCCAUCAAAGCUUGCAAAAGUAUAUACGGAACAUUUUGAUCGAAUAUUGAAAAAAAAAUUAAAGACCCAAAGAGACCACUUGAGCUUUUGUGGCUUAGGGGUCCGACUGUAAAACCCCUAUAGAGACCACUUGAGAUUCACCCCUGCAGGGACAUCUUUUUGUCCCCUUAAGAGGCUGUUUUAUAAGAAGAAUAGAUAUUUUGAAUCAUAGAAGCCGAAAAAGGCUUAAAAAUCCCUUCAGGGGUCACUCUGUCGUUCCCAAGUAGAGCCAGUUUCAGAUUCCAGACAGAUUCAAACAUAUUCUUCGAAUUCCCAGAUUCGGAACAGCGUUGGUCCGACGCGGCGGUCUGAUGCAACUCAACCAAAAUCGGUAUAAGACGGACUUCGAGCCGAUCGAUGACCGAUGUACCUGUCACACCUGUAGAACCUACACCAGGGCUUAUAUCCACGGCGUCAUCGGCAAGGUAAAACCCUUGGAAAGACUUUGAUUUCAUGGAAAAAUCGUCAAUUUAUCUAACAAAACAGCUAAAAAAAAAUUAUGGAUAAAACGAAAAAUUGAGUUCUUCUUCUUUGAAACUGGAAUUUUAAGUGUAUUAGCUCAUUUUCAGAAGAUUAUGAACUUCUAUUUUUGGGAUUUUUAAGAGAAAGUUGGUAUGAACAAACUUUGAAUGGCUGGAAGUUUGAAAAUCCGUUUUCAAAUUCACUUCAAGUCUGAAAACGCUCAUUUUGAAUCACUAAGUGUAAAGCUAUCAUUGGAAAAAUACUGAAGCUAUUGAGAAUUUAAUGAAAAUACUUAUUUACGAAAAACCGAGUUUGAGUUUCUUUGUAAUCGAAUAAGUCGAAUUCAACGUUUUUAGGAUGAAAUUUCAGAAAUUUUAAAGCUUUGAAAUAACUUUGAGAACUCAAAAAAUGGGCAUAAGUUGGUUCAACUGUUUUUUAAGCCUGGAAGCUCCAAAAUCCGUUUUCAAGCUGCAUUUUCAUCAUUUCAAGUCUAAAAACGUUUAUUUUGAAUCGCCAACUGCCAGGCUAUCACUGGAAAAAAACACUGAAAUUAUCGAAAUUUUCAAGAAGAAAAAUUUUUAAUAUUCAUAUAUGAUGAAAAAUUUGGAAUGUUCUGCGCUUUUUUGUGAUCGAAUAAGUUUAAUUCAACAUUUUUUAGGUUAAAAUUUAGAGAUUUUGAAACUUUGAAAUAACUUUUAGAGCUCAAAGAAGGGGAAUAAGUAGGUCCAAGUGAAUUUUGAAAGACUAGAAUUUUCAAAAUCCGUUCCCAAGCUGUAAUUCUCUUCAUUUCAAGUCUUAAAAGGCUUAUUUUGAAUCGCCAACUGUCCGGCUAUCAUUGGAAAAAUACUGAAGCUAUCGAAAAUGUUAUGAAGUUUGUAAGAUAAUAUUUCAAAGAUUUUGAGGUUUUGAAGUAACUUUUAGAACUCAAAGAAGGCGUUUAAGUUGCAUUUUUCUCAUUUCAAGUCUAAAAAAAAGUAUAAGUGGUCCGAGUAAAUUUUAGAAGACUGGAAAACUGGAAAAGUCCGUUUUCAGGGUGUAUUUUGAUGUAUGCCGUGUCAAAAGUUCGAUAUUUUCAAACGAAAAACCUGCUUUUCUAACCCCUUUGCCAUAUUUUUCACCCAACUCCAUCUAUUCUUGUGACGUUUUUCGGCCUCCCGGCGUCGUCGAUUUUCGGUUUUUCAUCGAAACGCCAUCUUUUAUCGCUUUUUUCCGACUUCGGUCGUUGAGCUUAUCGACCAGUUUGUCGACGAAAUCGUUAAACUUUCGGGUCGAGUUGUAAAAAGAAGGCACGAAUUUGGCGAAAAGUUGGCAAGUUUUAGGUAAAACUGAGAGAUUUCGAAGAGAAAAAAUUGGCCUUUUUUGGCGGUUUUUAGGGAAAGUUUUGAGUGGUCACUUGAAGUCUUGAGGUUUUCGUGUUCACUGUAGUGACCACUUAAGGGGCUCAAAUUUAGUGACUUUUUUUAGAAGUCUAUACGACUAAAAACUACUAUAGUGGCCACUAAGACCCGGAAUAAUGGCUUCUAUAUGGUUGGUAUAAUAAGUGGCCACUUAAGUGUUCUCUUCAAGUAGUUCUUGAGGAGAAAGUGGCCAUUUGAGUGUUUUUUUUUAAUUUUGGAUUUUCUCAUUUUCUGAGCUCAAAUCAAUGUUUAUAAGAAGGAUUUGGGUCAAUUGAAAAAUAUCAAUUUUGUAAAUUCUUCUCAAAUCGAAUCCAUUUUUCAAAUUCAUGGUUUUCAGUCUGUAAAUCUGACCCAGAAGAUCAUUUAGUUCAUUUUCUGGCAGUUUUUUGUAGAAAGAAUGUUUUUUCUCGAUUUUUUGAGGAUCCAUAAUGAUACAAAAAAUAGAGAUAGAGAUAGAGAUUUUUUAGGAACUUAUUGGGAAAUUUCUAGUGGUCAUUUUAGGGUUUUGAGCUUUUCGUGUCUACUAUAGUGGCUACUUGAGUGGCUUGGAUUUGAAUCAUUAAGACGCAAAAUAGUGGGCACUUUAGGGUCCUUUUCAAGUAGUCCUUGAGGAACCUCUUAAGUGGCCUCUUGAGUUUUUCUUUAACUUCGGAUUUUCUCAUUUUCUGAGCGCAAAUCAGUGUUUUAUGAAGGAUUUGGGUCAAUUGAAAAAUAUCAAUUUUGAAAAUUCUUCUCAAAUCGAAUCGCUUUUCAGAAUUUUUAGUCUUUAAACUUGAGUCGAAAGAUUGUUUACAGUCCAUUUUUUGUCAGGCUUUCUUUUCCUCUCUGAUUUUCCAAGGAUCCAUGGAAUAAAGACAGAAAAAAGAUGGGCUCAAGUGUUCCCGAUCUCCAGCAAAAGUGUGUAACCAAACCGACGGGGGCCCGCGUGGCGGUUUGAACUCGGAGAGAUUAUUUUCUUCUUUUUUUUCCGCUUCGAGUGUCUCUUUUCCGUCUCGAUAGUGUGUAAUCGGUCGGGUGAUUCUUUAAGUUUUUCGGCGACAAAGGUAUUCCCCCAACGGAGAGAUUGUACGUGCGUGCAAGUUACGACAGGCUGACGAAAUGAUAGCCCCUUUUUGCAGGGGAAUUUGAAAUUUUGUCUUUCUCGUUCAAAGACUGAUUUGAAGAUUAUAGAAAAGAUCAAAAACUGACGAAAUGAUAGCCCCCUUUUAGAAAAUGUCUUUGAAGACACCUUCUUGGGUCAAGGAUCGAUUCAGAGGUUAGAAAUCACAGAAAGAGAAGCAGGAAGAAAAAUGUUCACCCUUUUCAUGUUCAAAAGCGGCGACUUUAAAUUAUAAUUUAAGAAAAAGCUGACAAAAUGAGCUUCUUUUUGCAGUCGACCUUGAGAUUUUUUUACCUUUUCAAACAAAAACUUGAAAAUUAGAAAUCGAAGAAAGAUAAUAGGUAGGAAAGAAAAUGUUCACCUCCUUAAUGGCUAAAAGUUGAAAGAAAAUCUUUGGAGAGUACCUGAGAAAAAUUUAAAAUUUGAAAAAUUUUCGUUCAAGUUGAAAAUAGGUUACUACUGAAAGCUUUGAAAAAAGUUUAACUGUUGGAUAAUUUUCAAGCACAUUUUUUGGAAAAUUGGAGAGCGAAAUCAAAUUAUUUUGCUGUUUCUUCUAAAGUUUCCUUUUUGGUUCACGAGUUUAGAAGUUUCUUAGAACUGAUUUGGAGCUUAUUGAUAGAUAUUUUGAGGUUUAAAGGUUGUAGAAGAAUUUUUUCGCAACGAACCCUUGAAAAAGAAACGUUUUUUUGAUAAGCUCUGGAGUUUAUAGGACAAUAAUUGUAAGAAGUCAAAGGCUGAUUUAUAUAUUUUCAAAUAAUUUUUGAGUUUUUUUCAUUAUAAAAGCUUUUUCAAUAUAUUUUUAAGGUCUGAUAAAAAUAUUAAAAAAAGUGUUAGUUUUUUUCAGCCCCUUUAAAAUCUUCAAUAUUUUCCGACCCCAGACAAAUCGUACAAAACGUGAGAAAUCGCUGUCGAAAACGUCGUUAUUUGAUCAUCAGAUUUUUUAUCAGAAAAAAAAGUCCCACGCGAUCAUUUUUCGUUAUCGUGCUAUUUUUAUCAGAACCGUGGCUUCCUCGUAAAAAGUGGCCAGAUUGUUGCGAUAUUCGGAGCGAAAUGAAGAUAAUUACUGUUUGAAAUCAAUCUAUGAAGUGAAUCAUAGUCGGUUCAUUGAAAAAUGAUGCUUUGUGCAAAAUUUCAGUGGAGGUAUUACAAUGAAAAUUAACGGGAAAAGGCAAAAAAAUCAAAAAAAAAUGGGUAAAAAAACGCAAUUAUGCUCUAUUGAUAAAUUUUUGAAAAGAAACCUGAGGCAAUCUCUUGACAUUUCCAGGGAUCCAUUAAGAGUCUGACGCCACUAAAGUGGCCCCUAGACAUGCUCAGAACCGUCCGGUUUGCCUUACCAAGGUUCGAGGACGCGCUCCGGACGUUUCUGAGCCUUUCUAGUGGCCACUUUAGUAGCGUCAGACUCUUAAGUGAUCCCUAGAAAUGCUUAGAAACGUGGCGUCGCUAACAAGCUAAUUUUCGGUCAGUUUUCCUCAUUUUUUAGAGCCUUCCCUAAAGAUUCUUUCAAUUUUUAUAAAAUUCUAUGAUUUUUAAAAGCUCGGAAUCUUAUAAGGGACAAAGUCUGUAGUUUUUCAGCACUUUUCAAAAAUUCUCAGCAAUUUUAUCCUUGGAGCGCAUUUGCUUUGAAACUUUUUAUGAUUACUUUAAGGUGAAUAUAUACAGUUUUUCAAGGCCGAAAACUUCCAGGAAACGGUCGGUUGCCAUCUGGUCUCCGUUCACAACAUCCAGCACCAGCUGGACCUGAUGCGGGACGUUCGACGCGCCAUCGACGAGGAGAAGGUCGGGGAGUUCCUCAACAGCUUCCUCGGCGAGCAGUUCAGCGGCGGAGAAGUGCCGCAGUGGGUCCGAGACGCUGUUGGUCACAUGGGUUAUAAGCUUGUUGUUUGA